UUUGUUCUGUGUGGUAUCGUACACUUCUAUCUUUUUCGUAAUCGUCCUAUAUCUUUCUCGCUCGCUCUCGGCUUGUUCGCCUUGCAUUUUUCAUCAACAAAGAAGGGUUGAAGGUGAGAUGGAUGCAUGCCAGCCUGUGAAGAUGAAUGGUGAAGAAUCCGCAACUAUUACUGAGGUUGGGGGGAAAGAGAAAGAUCUAACGAUAAAGGAGGCAAAUAAUGAAGAGAAUAUGAAAGAAAAGGCAAUGAAAGAAGAAGAAGAAACGGAUAAAGAGGUAAAGAGUGAAACAAAUAUUGAAAGGGAUUCUAAGGGAAGGGUUAAUAGGUUGACCAUGAGGAGUAAAAGGAAGAGAAUGGCUUUGACGAAGAAAAUGACCAAGGAUAAUGAGAAACUUGAAUCUACAAACACAAAUCACACAAUUAGCAAAAGGAAGAUGAACGAUUUGGGAGGUAGUGAUGUGAUGACUAUUGAAGAUGCAAAUAAGCUAGAAUCACCGAACCAAAAGGGCAAGAAGAAUAAGACCUCGAGUGAUUCUAAUGAUGUGGUAGACGCAAAUAAGCUAGAAUCACUGAACCGGAAGGGCAAGAAGAAGAAGACCUCAAGUGAUUCUAAUGAAGUGGUUCUUAAGAGUACCGAGAAGCCAAAAUCUUCAAACAAAUUUAGCAAAAAGAAGAUGGCUUUGAGGGUUACCAAUGCAAUGGCUACUAAUGAUGCAAAAGAGCCAAAAUCAUUGAGCAAGAAGGGGAAGAUGGCUUUGACGCGAUCUAAUGAAGAGGUUUCUAAGGAUUCGAGCAAGCUAAAAUUGUCAGAAAAGAAUAAGAUGGAAGGAAUUAUAUUCAUGUGUAGUUCCAAGACAAAGAAGGAUUGCUACCGUUACAAAGUUUUAGGUUUGCCUGCAAGCAAGAAAGAAAUCGUACUAAAGAUUUAUAAUGGCAUGAAGUUGUUCUUGUUUGAUUUUGAUUUGAAGUUGAUGUAUGGGAUCUACAAAGCUGCAGGACCCGGGGGUUAUGACAUUGAGCCCAAAGCCUUCAAGUCUACGUUCCCGGCUCAGGUGCGCUUCACCGUUUUGGAGGAUUGCUUGCCAGUUGCUGAGGAGAAGUUUAAAGGGGUCAUCAAGGAUAAUUAUUACUCAAAGAACAAGUUCAAUUGUCAAUUGACCUCUGAACAGGUGAAGAACCUGUGCAAGCUUUUCCGAGCUGCCAGCAAAGGUCCCAAGUCCAAGCAGUUAGGCAGAAGUCUCAGGGCAGAAACUCACACAUCUGUUGACCUAGAGAGAUCAAGGCAGCACAGUCGCAGGGCAGAAGCUCGCAGAUUUGUAGACCGAGAGAGAAAUUGGCAUCAGAGUUGGGAGCGAGAGAGGCGCCCUGCGUUUGUUGGAGUUGACCGGUAUGUAGAAAGACCCCUUGCAUAUGAAAGGGAGGUAUUUGCAUCUCCGGUAUUGCCUUCGACUCUACUCCCACCUUUACCUCAACCUUCACGCCCUACACUCGCUUUGCCGUCUUAUGCUUAUGAGAGAGCCACAGAAUUGGAUACCUACAGACGCGACCCACUUAGUGAGUAUCAUGAUCGACGUUUUUCGGAUUUGGAACUGAGGCACCAAGUUGGGAUUGAACAUCGUGAUCCUUACAAUUUAUACACGGAGCGUCCUUUGUACCAUGAUCCAUUGUAUUCUGCAGGUGAACCAAUCGAUUAUCGUCUUGCACAACAGCCACCAGUUGAGUAUGGUCGCCCUGGUCUUCUACCUGAAUACCAGCACAUUUCUCGUCCUGUUGUAGGCACUCUACCUGAACACGAUCACUUUCCACCCCUGUAUCGAUACUUAGAUUAGUGUCAAGAACUGGGAAGAUCCGUAGUUCACCCGAUAUUUGUGUGUUGUUUGUCUAAUUGCUUAGUGCCAAGAACUGGGAAGAUCCGUAGUUCACCCGUUAUUUGUAUGUUAUGUUGUUUGUCUAAUUGAACUAUUUGGCAGAUGAAAAUUUUAAGUUUCAUUUUUCUACCCAAUUUUAUAGAAAAGGCUUCAUACUUUUUAGA